CUUACCCACUCAAAGCGGCGAUGGAGGAGGAGAUCCGCACGGAGUUCGAGAGCAGCGGCUUCAUCGUCGGCGGCGCCGGACCCGGCGACACCGCCCAGAUCCUCUCGACGCUGCUGACCUACUGCAUCAACUACAAGAUGAGCCCCGCGGAUCUGGUCUCUAACUGGGAGGUUUACUACCUCAACAGGCAAUUGGAUGGGUUGAAGCUUGAAAGCUCAUACUUGGAUGGUUUCUCAUCACACCUUCAGAAUGAAGUAAAAGAAAAACUUAUAAAAGAAGAAACAGAGCUUCACAUUUACUCCAGUAACGAUAUUGACAUGCUCUUGAGCAGUACACACACAGACGACGAGGGAUUCCCUGACACACCAAGUGAUAAACAGGAAAAGCCACAUGGACAGUCAUCUAACUCUGAGCUAACUCCUCUGACAACCGAAAGGCUAUCAUCCUGCAGAGCGGCCAAAACAAAUGGUGAUCGUAUUACUCCUUUUGCACAGCGAGUAAAUAAAUUUACUCAGUAUUAUGUCCUGAAUCCUGACAAUGUGGCUAGCGUGCCAAGUAAACAUGAGACUGAAACGUCAGAAGAUGAGUUGAUUAGAAGAAUUGAACCAAGUCAAAGAUGUACCUUGCAAGUUCAACGCUCAAAGCCUGAACCAGGUUGCAGGUUCAUGUAUGACAGGACGGAAGAUCGGUUUAAUUACCUGGAGGAUCGGAUAAGACGGUCAGCAAUCUUGUUUUCUGCAAAUGGGCUUUGUAGAGAACCGGCAGAUCCUACGCUUGCUUCCGAGGAGAAUAUGUUCGCAGUUGGGAUGGUAAUUUGUGACGGUGAAGGUCGUUUGAAUGAAAAAUCUAUCUUGUUACAGGGCAGUGUUGAGCACUCCAGGGGACAGCGUGUGCGCCUUGAUUUAAAGGAUAUAAACCAGUUUUCUUUGUUUCCCGGGCAGGUUUUGGGCAUUGAAGGCCAUAAUCCUAGUGGACAUUGUUUUGUCGUAUCAAAGUUGAUUGAUUCCAUACCAGUUUCUUUGGACGAUCAACUGCCUUGUGCUAAGAAACAAGCUGUUGACAAUCAAUACCAUCAAAAUUCUAAUACUCUACCAAGGGUGUUGUCAUCGGUCAUUGCAGCAGGUCCCUAUACAACAACUGAUAAUCUUUUGUUUGAACCAUUGCAAGAACUGCUCUCAUAUGCCUGUCGUAAGCAGCCUCAGCUGCUUGUACUGAUGGGACCCUUUAUCGACUCUGAUCAUCCUGACAUAAAAAAGGGAACUGCUGACCAGAGUUUUCACGAUAUUUUCCAUUUUGAAGUUCUGAGGAAGCUUCAAGAUUUUACCCAGUAUUUGGGGCACAGUGUUCGUGUAAUCCUUAUUCCAUCUGUGCGUGAUGCUCACCAUGAUACCAUUUUCCCCCAGCCUGCAUUUGACAUGAAUUUGCCAGAAGAUACCACACAUCAGAUUACUUGUCUGGCAAAUCCAAGUCUAUUCAGCUCUAAUGAGAUACAAUUUGGGUGUUGUACAGUGGACAUCUUGAAACAACUGAGUGGCGAUGAAAUCUCUCGCAAGCCACCUGGUGGAAAGGCUGUUGAUAGGAUUGGGAGACUUGCAACACAUAUACUGAAGCAACAAAGCUACUACCCUCUAUAUCCACCUGCUGCUGGUGUGCCCAUGGAUUUCUCACUUGCCAAGGAAGCAUUGGAGAUGCCAUCAGCUCCUGAUGUUCUUCUGCUUGCUUCUGAUCUCGCUCCAUUUGUGAAGGUGCUUUCCUUGAAUGAAGACAUGGAACAAAAACAAUUUGUUUGUGUGAACCCUGGGAGGCUAGCGAAAGGGAUUGGUGGAGGCACGUUCGUGGAGCUUUACUACAACGAGGAUACUGAGAAGACGAAAGCCUUCAUUAUGCGCAUCUAAAAGGGCACCAAUGCCGUGAUUUAUCAGCCGAUGAAAUUUAAAGAAA